AAGGCUGGGCACGAGGGGCAAUUCCAAAUACCACUACUACGGUAUACGCAUCCGGCCCGCAUCCGAACUGUACGGGCAAGUGUUGGUAGACUAUGACGGAUCGUCAGCGUCGCAUUCAAAUCGCAACAGCGUCACCAAACACUCGAACCGGUACUCUGUUACCAGUGAUGAAGGAGGGUUCCAUGAUGGACUGCUGUCACACACACAGAGUUACGGCAUGGAGGCUGCGUCUAGGACUCACAGCGGUCGAGAGUUUGCAGCCCACACAGGAGGCAGCAAAGCACGCCACGGGAAGACCAAACCAGCAGCAGGCUCGUACCAAGUGCUCGAGUUACCACUGCCACCAUUCCCCACCAUCAGCGAGUUCGCAAACAUGCGCGUACCGGAUGUGCGGGAUAUGGCGGAGCGCAAUGAAACAGAAAGCAUGUCCAGUGAACUGGUGUCUGGGAGCACUGGUAGGAAUCAUCUGGCAGAUGACAGCAGCACAGCUGGCGGGGCUAUUGCUGAGCCUGCGGGUACAAGUUCAGGGCUAGCAGCGCGUACGGCGUCUACUACUGGUGUAGAGGCAGGCUCAGUGAAUGCGGGUAGGAGCGAUACGACCAGACCCAGUGAGCCGUUAGACGGGAUGAUAAAGGGAGACUGUAUGGAUGUAAGUAAGGGAGCGAACGCUAAUGGGGGUACUCUGGGCGAUAACUCAGUGCACAGUACUGCGAGCGGUAUCGCGCCGGUGAACAAAGUGGAGGAGGGGUCUUCUCGACUAGGGCAACAAGAAACACCUCAGACACACAAGCAGCAGAUACCUGACGGCAACUCAGGCCUGGACGGCACGAGUAUACCAUCUCGCAGCAGCACGAACGAGCCUGCGAACACACAACAUAUUAGUAAGAACAACACCAGGACCCAGCAAAUACCGGGGUUGAGGCCGCCUGUAUUAGCCACCUACCAAAUGGCUGAGAAUCUCGAGACCACCAAGUUUAUCGCCCUAUUCAGGGGACACUGUGAAACUCUGCUGCAUACCCUGCAAAAUCUGACCUUUGACCAGCCCGAGCCCAGUUUCUACACAAUGGCAUCGGUGAUUCAUGUGUUCUGGAAGGAGUUGUCCCUGGGGAGUCUGAGAGUGGCCAGCAGCGCAGAGUGCUGUGCGUAUAUAUAUCGGUGCGAUAGUAUACUGUACGAGACUGCGCUCAGAAGUCUGUUGCCCGACGUUCUGGGCAAGAUCUCUCCCGCUGUGACCAAGUCUAUCCGACUGCUAGCCAAACAGGUAGAUAGUUGGCUCAAGACCGCACUCGCCAAUGCUGGCACCGCGAAUACGAAUGCACACAACGCGGACAAGAUUAAAAUCGAACAGGGUAUUGGGAGCGCUGAAAGCAAUCCCGUGCUUGAAUCAGCGGGCAUCGACCUUACCAUGGUACUGGCUGCCAGGAGGAGGGCUCUGAAUGUAUUCACCCAUGCGCUUAGAAGGCACACCUCACUCAACCAUCUUAUACAGGCGGCUAGGUCUGUGUUGACAAACAAACAACAGGUCGUGCAAAUGCUGGACGACUGGUGUCGCAUAGACAAGAAGAGUAUGCGAGAACAGGCCGUAGCCGUGUGCGGCUGCGAUGAAACAGUCAUGCUGUCAAUUGAAUCCGAAUUCGAAGCCAUUUUGGGUGCAGAAGCGGCGGUAGAAACGUGGACCUUAUGGCUAGGCCACGUGAUUGAUCGAACGCUAGGAGACCCCGCAUCCGAGGCAUAUUACAAGAGCAGCCGGCGCUUCCUGACUGUAUGGUCCUUCAUGUCCACCCUCUUUGUGCGAGAUCUUACGCUAAGAAGUGCCAAGUCCUUUGGAUCAUUCCAUCUGAUGAGAUUGCUUCUGGACGAGUUUUCAACGUACCUAAUUGAACGCAGGCAUACCCUGUGUGUCUGUGCACCCCCGUACCCAUGCCCGGACCCCUUCCCCCCUGCAACGGCCGGGUCGGAGCACGAUAACGAUGGAACACGGCCACCUCCUGCACAGAACCCAAACGGAAGUCACAAGCAAUUAUCAGAAGAGAUAGUUGUAAAUGGGAAUUUUCAAAGUACUGUUAAGCGCAAAAGAAAAAUCUCCGAAGACCAUCAUCAGGCACGCUCGCAUAGUGCGGCCACGCAGUCUCAACCGAGAGCACCAUCUCGAAACACUAAACUACAGGCGGCGAAAACGGUACAGCCAACGUCCCUAUAUAGAACAGCCACGCAGAUGCAGCACAGCGGUCCUGUGCAUGACUUGCAAUCAACAACGAUAUCACAAAUUCACCCAGAUAUGCACGCACAAGCACCUAAACGUCCACGUAUGACACCGCUGGAUGCACACACACGAUCGAAUAUGCAGCCAAGUAUACACACUCAACCUGAGUUACAACCGCAACAGAAUACAAAUCUGACAUCAGCCGACACACACGCGGGCGAGUCUGGGUCGAAUGCUACCGAGUUGUCCACGAACAACAAAUCCAGCGAACUGAAUAAUCAAGAUGACAAUACUAUGAGACAGCGACUCGAAACUAGGUGACAAAGAUCAAAACUUUAUGAAAAAGCGGGCUAAGUAGAUUUAUUUAAUAUUAAACAACCGAUAAGAGUAUAUAACAGCAUCUAAAAUUGCG